AUGGGCAACACAGGAAUAUCUUCAGCGCCCGCGCUCUACGUCGACAAAGACAGCAACUUUUCAGUCAUCCGCAACGUCCCAAUCCCCGAACCCGUGGACGGCGAAGUAUUGGUAAAGGUGCUCUACUCGGGCGUGAACCCCGCAGACGUGAAACACGCGUCCUCCGUCGGUGUCCGAUCAGUCACCCUCGGCUACGACUUUUGCGGCCGUGUGGUACAGGCUGGCAAUGAGACGUCUGAUUUCAAGCCAGAUGAACUGGUGGCUGGUUACGUUCCAACGGGCAUCGGCAAACCGCUGAGGCACGGCGCUCACCAAGAGUACCUGAGUUGUCCCGAAGACAUGAUGUUCAAGGUCCCGAAGAACCUGCCCCAGACGCACGCUGCGAGUCUCACAGUGGUUCUGACCACGGCCGCGGACGGCCUCUACAACAUUUUCGGCUACCCUCUCCCUGGGGAGCAGGCAAAAGAAGGGUUCAAGGCCGGCCCGCUCCUCAUCUGGGGCGCAUCCACGAGCGUUGGAAUCUGUAUGCUCCAAUUAGCGCGCGCAAGCGGCGCAUCCCCCAUUUUUGUCACCGCAUCUCCGAAGAGGCAUGGUAUGCUAAGGAAGUUCGGGGCAACACGCUGCUUCGACUACAACUCCCCAGACGUAAUUGCUCAAAUCAAAGCGGCGGCGGAAGAGGCCGGGGCGGGGCCGAUUCGUUACGCCGCCGACUGUGCUGGUUCCAAAGGGGAGGUGACCUCGGCGUCGCAAACGGCGGCUUGCGUUGACGACGACGCCAUCAUCCUCUCCGUUGUGAAGGCUUCGAGCGGGAGAUUCAAGAUGCCGCUGGCGUCGGCGAAUGCGCAGAUCAGCCUACAGCUUGGUCCCGGCCCCGUCGUCACGAUCCCGGCCCGGCCGGAGGAUUAUGGGAGAAUGUGGAAGGCGUUGAUGUGGUCUGUCGAGAAUUACGGCACGAGAUUCUCGAUCCCUGUGGUGGACGUGUUCACGGGGGACGCGGAAGAGGCGCUGGAGGAGGUGAAGAAGGUGGCUGAGCAGGGAAAGUUUGGGAAGCUUGUGCUGGAGCACCCGUUGCUGUGA